AGCUGUUAGCAGCUCCUGGGGCCAGCCGCGUCAAAACUAGCAAGAGUUUUUGCUCUUAGACGGUUUGUAAUAAGACACACUCCUCCUUACAAGGGUUUAUGCCACAACAUAGCAAAGAACUUUUUAAAAAAUUGGAAGGACAAUAUACUCAUUUUGGCAUUGCUCAGAGCAGAGUAAACCCUGUGGCUUCUCCCCUCCUCCAUCCCAAGAUGAUAGCAAUCUCUGCUGUCAGUGGUAUCCUCUUGUUCUCCCUUCUCUAUGAAACAAGUGCAGUCGUCUUACUCAACGCCACUGACUCAUCCUCGCCAACCAAUAACUUCACUGAUAUUGAAGCCGCUCUAAAAGCACAUCUGGAUUCAGCGGAUCUCCCCAAAGUCAGGAGGAAGCGCUACAUCUCGCAGAAUGACAUGAUUGCCAUACUCGAUUAUCACAAUCAAGUUCGGGGCAAGGUGUUUCCACCUGCUGCCAACAUGGAAUACAUGGUUUGGGAUGAAAACCUUGCAAAAUCAGCUGAGGCUUGGGCUGCCACGUGCAUUUGGGACCAUGGACCUUCUUAUUUACUGAGAUUUUUGGGCCAAAAUCUGUCUGUACGAACUGGAAGGUAUCGCUCCAUUCUCCAACUGGUAAAACCAUGGUAUGAUGAAGUGAAAGACUAUGCUUUUCCAUAUCCUCAAGACUGCAACCCCAGAUGCCCUAUGAGAUGUUAUGGACCAAUGUGUACACAUUACACACAGAUGGUCUGGGCUACUUCUAAUCGGAUUGGCUGUGCAAUCCAUACCUGCCAGAACAUGAAUGUUUGGGGAGCUGUGUGGCGGCGAGCAAUUUACUUGGUAUGCAACUAUGCCCCCAAGGGAAACUGGAUUGGAGAAGCACCAUACAAAGUAGGAGUGCCAUGCUCAGCUUGUCCUCCCAGUUAUGGAGGAUCUUGUACUGAUAACCUUUGUUUUCCAGGAGUAACAUCAAACUACUUAUACUGGUUUAAAUAAUUAAAAUUUUCCCCCUUUCUUAUUCAGUAGGAUGGUUUUUGGGAUA